AUGAGUCGAUAUAACUACGACCAAAUUGAUCUCAAAGGGCACGCGAUUCGACUGCUCCGCCUUCUUCCUGGGUCCGCAUCUGAACAAAUAUCCUGCGAAAUCAUUCAAGCAUGGCUCUGUCCAGAGAAAGACGUCUUACCGUACGAGGCGCUAUCAUACACCUGGGGCUCUGCAAAAGCACCCGAAAACAUUACCGUCAACGGAAAGCUCCUCGCCGUGACGGAAAAUCUAUACAAGGCUCUUCAACAACUGCGCUACCCCAACCAAGAGAGAAUUUUACUGUGGGUGGAUGCCAUUUGCAUCAACCAGGAUGACAACAAGGAGAGGGGCCACCAAGUGCAGCAAAUGGGCGACAUUUUCAAAAAAAAAAAAAAGCAGGGCGACACGCCCUUCACUUCCUUCAUUGACAAUUUCAUGACUGUGUUCGGCAGACUGCAGCAGAUCAGCCUCAGCUACCCUUACAGCAGCUGGAGCCAAAACGACGAUAACUGGAGACGCAUCUGGACACAUUCCAUCGGGCCUGCUCUGGCAAACCCGGAAUCAUUUCAUCGGCUGAAGAGAGGCCUUUGGCAUGUCCUCAAUCAACCUUGGUUUACGCGAGUUUGGAUACUGCAGGAAGUGACCAACGCGAGGGAAGCGUUGCUGUGCUGUGGAUCAAAGACCAUCGCACCAUGGAUCUUGAGCAUUGCUACGCAGCUUCUGGAUCCGUUAUCGAGGUCAUGCCGGGGACCAUGGAAAGCGUCAUCAUGGUGGAGCGAAAGCCAAGAUCUUUAUACACUACUCACGAAAUUCGGCGAUAGCCAGGCAACCGAGCCGCGCGACAUGAUUUACGCAUUGAAAGGCAUGUCUUCCGAUGCCAGAAAUGAGCCCAGCUUAUACGCGGACUACAACAAACCGGAGCAACAAUUAGUUCAAGACGCCAUCCUAUUGAUGUAUCCCCUCAAAACGACAGUCCGGGAUCUCAUCCAUGAUCUUAAAGGGAUAUGCAGGCGCAUUGCUUCCAACUGCCACGAGAUAUACUCUCACGAAAACAUGAAGGCCCUCAUUCAGCUAAAGUCACCUCAAGUCCAAAGCCAAAUAUUCGUGGAACUACUCUCCAGGGACGGCAAUGAAGACCUUGCCAAGCAUCUCCUCCACGAUUGGGGAAUGCAAGUCAAAAUAAUCCGAAAGCACCUCCAUACCAUAGCCUGGAGCAGGCUGAGCGCGGAUAUGGCCGAGAUAGUCUUUCGUCUCAUGGACGAGGAUGCCAUCGCGACAGUCCCUACUAUAAUCAUGGCGGCAAAUAACGAGGCUUGUGGCGAUAGGAUUAUUGAGUUUUUCUCUCAACACGGAACUGAUUAUCUACCGGUAUCAGACGAUCUAAUGAGAGGAGCAGCUUUAAAUGAAGGCUGCGGGUGCAAAAUCAUGGAAAGGAUUCUUCGUAAUAAAAAGAAUCAUAUAUAUCUCCCAGAUGACAUCUUCGACAAUGUAGCAAACUGGGGAGACUCUCGUGUAAAGAAACUAGAGAUCAUCGGCCGACCUGUAGACCACGACGACGACUACGACAAGUUGACCGAGAAACUCUUGUUACAUGCCGUUCGAAUACCGCCGUCCAGCACCCACGAUACUCGCCAUGAAUACAAAAAUGCGAGUGUGUGGCUCACAGAGAGGCUCUUGGUGCACCGCAGAAAGCCCUCUGAUACAACCGAGAUAUUGCAGAGAGCAGUAGCCAAUUCCACCAAUGCUGGAAAGCUAACGUCUCUUUUGUUUCUGUACUGGGGAAAACGGAGUUUUACCAUCACGGAUGAUAUCCUCUGGGCGGCUGUGACGAAUCACGAGGGUGGACAUGACGCGAUGGCGUUGUUAUUCAGGGAAAUGCGACAUGAGAUGACAAUCCCUCAAACAAUAAUCGACUUCGCCCUUUCACCUGUCGGUUUCGAGCAGAGAUCUCUCAGGUCCGGACAGCUUGUGCGUGUAGCAAAGGUAUCGCAAAUACGAGGUGAUGAAGUAAGAACGAAUAACUAA